AUGCUUGACCUUCUGCAGCGACCUGCCCUGCGUGUGACGUCAUCCUCACGUCCUGUCGUUCCCCCAGGGUCCCCGAGCUCCUCUCCAGACGACGCCGACGACGAGGGGGGUUCCGGCCCCCCGCCGCUCAAGAAGCAGCGCAAAGCCCGCACCGCCUUCACAGACAACCAGCUGCAGACGCUGGAGAAGAGCUUCGAGCGGCAGAAGUACCUGAGCGUGCAGGACCGCAUGGAGCUGGCGGCCAAGCUCAACCUCACCGACACGCAGGUCAAGACGUGGUACCAGAACAGAAGGACCAAGUGGAAGCGCCAGACGGCCGUGGGCCUCGAGCUGCUCACGGAAGCCGGGAACUAUGCCGCCCUUCAGCGCCUCUAUGGGCAGCAUAUCUGGCCGCCCACGCCCGCGCUGACGCCUCUCACGCCCACGCUGCCCACAGGUACUCGUAUUGAGAAGGGAAGGUGA